AUCCGUGAACCCCCUUACCCCGCAUCUUCCGCCACACACAAGAUGGCCGCCAAAAAAUCCCCCGGUUCUCUUCCCGUGGUGCAUUGCGUGCGGCAAUUGAAGCUGAUGUGGAAUUCAGGUGCCCAACAUGUACACCCUGCUGUCCGGCCUGUAUAAGUACAUGUUCCAGAAGGAGGAGUACUGCAUCCUCAUCCUGGGCCUCGACAAUGCUGGAAAAACUACCUUCCUGGAACAGACGAAAAUCCAGUUCAGCCGUAACUACAAGGGAAUGAACUUGUCCAAGAUCACAACCACAGUUGGGCUGAACAUUGGUACCAUUGAUGUGGGGAAGGUGCGGCUGAUGUUCUGGGACCUGGGAGGGCAGGAAGAACUGCAGGCACUGUGGGAUAAGUAUUAUGCGGAGUCGCACGGGGUGAUCUACGUCAUUGAUUCCACAGAUGAAACGCGCCUCUCAGAAUCUAAACACGCCUUUGAGCGUAUGAUCAGCAGCGAGUCCUUGGAGGGAGUUCCUAUCCUGGUUCUGGCUAACAAGCAGGAUGUGGAGGGCUGUCUUUCCAUCCCUGAUAUAAAGACUGCUUUCAGCGACUGCAUUAACAAGAUCGGCAAGAGGGAUUGCCUGACCCAGGCCUGCUCGGCGCUCUCAGGGACUGGGCUGAAUGAGGGGGUGGAAUGGAUGGUUAAAUGUGUCAUGAGGAACAUUCACCGACCCCCCCGGCAGAAAGACAUCACAUAGGACUGUGCCCUGUGACUGGAGGAACGAGCUGUGCUGGGCCGGCUGGGUAUAAGGACUUGAAUGUGGCACAUCCAUUAUUAUAAACUGAUGGACUGUAUUAGUAUGGGCAGUGCCUGGGUGCAGGUUGAUCCUUGUGUAUAGUGAUAGUUACUUUAUAUGACUCCUGCUAGUCUGUAACCAUAAUGACUGUUUGAUUGUACAGCCAGUGGGGUGGGCAGGGAACAUGCUUAUAUAUUUCCCAGAACAUUGUUUAAUGAUCUGACAGUGAUGUAUGAAUUGGGGGCCUGAGCUGUUUCACAAUUUCCAUUGUCCCAUCCCAAUAGGAAUGCAGGGAGUUGUUGUUCAGCCACCACUGAAGGGCCUCUAGGUUCACAUGUAGAAUAGACCCCCCCACUUUGCCCAGGUCUCUAUUGGUAAAUGGCAAGUCUUUAUUUCUCCCCCCCCACCUGCCUUAGUCUCUUUCAGUGACCCCAGUUUCCUCAUAUGACUGGUCUCCCCUAUAUCCACCCACGUCCCUCCCUACUCAUCUCCUUCUCAUGCUGGUACAGUAUCUGCAGAGGAACCCAUUCUCAGGAAUGCCCUUCUGGUUUUUCAUGCAUUUUAUAAGGGACUCCAGCUCCUUCCCUUAUUUAUUAAUAUUAUCCGUAUUCCUUGUAUACUCCCAAACGUUGCUUCCCAGGGUGCAUUCUGUAGGCAACUGCCAUCUAUGUGUGCCUGAUACAAUGUAUUGUUUCAUUGUGAAAAUAAAAUGUAAGAACAUUAUAAUCA